GGCCGCAGGGUUGAGGGGCCGCGCGGGACACCAUGUCCGAGGGUGGCAGCUGCAGCCAGACCCCCAGCCGGGCCAUCCCCGCCACUCGCCGGGUGGUCCUGGGCGACGGCGUGCAGCUCCCGCCCGGGGACUACAGCAGCACCCCCGGCGGCACGCUCUUCAGCACCACCCCGGGAGGUACCAGGAUCAUCUACGACAGGAAAUUCCUGAUGGAGUGUCGGAACUCACCUGUAACCAAAACACCCCCAAAGGACCUGCCCACCAUUCCUGGGGUCACCAGCCCUGUCAGUGAUGAGCCCCCCACGGAAACCAGCCAGAUUCAUCUGCACAAUAGCCCAGAAGAUAAGCAGGCAGGCGGUGAAGAGUCGCAGUUUGAGAUGGACAUUUAAAGGACCAGCCAUUGGACCGGGCAACGCCUAUGGGCCCUCAGGCCCUUCUCGGGAGAAGAGUCACACCAGCCAGGCCUUAUGGACAUGAUCACACCGAGCAGGCGUCAGGCGCGGGGUCAGCCACCCCAGCCUUCUGCUCCUUCACUCAGGACACCUGCUCCCCUUCCUCUUGGUGAGCACCAGCAGAUGCCUCCCUGUGCCUCCGCCGAUGCAGGGGCUGCCACCCCGAGGGGAGCAACGGCAACUCAGCAGGCCCACCCUGCAGCCGCGCCAGCCAGCGGACACACACGGGCCCUUCUGCAUGACCGUCCUGCUCUUCCAGCCCCGUCCUCUGGGGCGCACCCACCCGUUCCUUAGGUUGGUGUGUGUGGGAAAGCGCCCCUCCCCCUUCCUUCCCCAAGAGAGGAAAUAAAAGCCACCUGCGCCCUAGGGCCAAGAAAUGGG